ACCUGUCGCAACAAGGCAGGUGUGUUUAAUGUGAGUUGUAAUCAGUACCACUUUACAAACAGCCAGAACCAGAAUAUCUGCAAUAGGAUCAGAAUAUCUAUCAAACCAGAUUAUCUGCAAUAAGUUCACAGGUCCUAACGUGGAGAAAGAUGAUGGGAAAAUGGAGCAGUGUGAUUUUGUUCUUUUUCGGUUUGUAUGGCAUCAUUAAGGGAAUGACACUGAAUCCACAAAACAUUCAACAAUACUAUGAGUGCUGGAUAUUAGCUCAGUGCUAUUCAAAUGGACCAGCAAUACAGUUUGAAAGCUGCAUCAGGAACAGUUUGACACCAGAAGACCUCAAUGAGGUUUACCAGUUCAUCAGAGAAUAUUAUGCCCAUUACAGAAGUGACACCUAUGACAGCGGAGUUAUAGAAAUGUGCAAUGAAAGAGAUGAUAUGCGGCGUCAAACGUAUACUGCAGAAAUAAAUGGCCUUUUGGGUUAUCAAAGAGUUCUCUGUAAUAAUCCUUACACCCAAGACAAAUGCUACAGACUUACAAAUGAAAUAAAUUGUGCAUUCUCUCUUUUGGAAGGAUUGAGACAAAAUAACGUAUGCAAAAUCAGUGGACCAACUAAAUAUGUGGUUUUGAUCUAAUGAUGAUAAAGAAUACGCCACUUUAUCUAGAAGCAAAAUGUUUCCUUCCUUAGUAAUUGGCUUUCAUUCUUCAAAGAAUUGUAGAAUGUAUGCAAAAACUUUAAUCUGAGAAUAAAUAAAUUAUAA